UUUAAGAGCCUUUUGCUUCAUUACUAUGAUAGAGAAACACUGAUUGUGUUUCACUUUUCUUCUAGGAUCAAGCGUGGUCAAAGAGGUGUGGUCACAUGUGUGGUAAGCAGUUCUGUUGGGUCAUAUCAGCUGAGAAUCAUGCUGAUAAAAUGGCAUCUGCACGGGAAGCAAUUGAUGAUACUGCCUUUCCUCCAGUUGCCAGAACCGACACGAGUGCAACAUCUGCAACAACUGGUCUUUCGGAUGCCAUUUCCCAUGCUAAUCUGUACAAGGUGGUAUGCAUUUGCCAGUUUUAUUCUUCGUCACUUCUCUGUACUAAUUAGGAUUGGUGAAUUUCACUUAAGAAAAAGAAAAAAAAAAAAAAAAAAAAAAACUGGCAUGAACUGGACAGUAUACUGUCCGAUUCAAAAAAUUCCGCUGUACUAUGCGCACACACAACCUAAAAUUCGUUUAUUACUUGCAAUAAGAAACUUUAGAGUGGCUUUUAGCAGAAUUAUAUUUUGCUUGAGUGUAUUUUAUGUUUAUUGUUGCGCAGUCUUUGCAGUUUUGUAUGAUUAGUUGAUCUCAAAGCUAGCUUGUCUUUCCUUUUCUACAUAACCAGAAUAACCAUUUUCAGAUUUUUUUUUGGCAAAUACCAAAUGUUUGCAGAUGAGAUUUCUUUGUCGAGAAGAAGUCAUGGUUUGUCUGAGCAUAAACUCUGAUGUUAUCAAUCCAUGGUUCAGAAAGUACUAAAAGAUGUUUCAAGGCAUGUCCUCUGUUGUCCAGCAUAACUUAAAUCAGCUGCAUUUAUAUACUUUAAGAUCUACAAUUUGCAUCUUAGCAAAUUCUACAGGCAGGGGCUGAUGCCUGUUCUGUGGAGGCACCAUGGGAUGACGUCGUGACGAUGAGCUCAAGCAGAUUGGACGAUGGACUAAAGGGUACAGAGUGUGUAAUAUCCUUGAAGG